AUGAACUUUAAAACUGUAGCAGCUCUACUGGACGGUGUGCACACAGAUUUUGUGGUGUCGGUUUUCGAGGACACUAUUUUUAUUGCGGUUACUCAAAAUUCAAAACUAGGAACAUUGUAUUUAGUCAAGCCAGAUUGUUAUUCAUCAGAAGAUCAAGGAUACGACAUUAAAGUGCUAUUUGGCCGAGACGACGAUACGCAAACUUCAAAUAUUGUUAGUUUAAUGCGAGGAUUAAACGUCGAUUGCAAAACAAUUAUUUCUCUUAUGAUAAAUAAUAAUAACUUCAGAACUUUAAGAGCUAUACAACAAGUCUUAUCCUAUUUGAUGUAA